GUUCGAUCGUUCUUCCAUCUUUGAUCCCUCACCAUGGCGGCUAACCAAGAAAUGCGCGCGGUCUCGUGGGCCGACUUACCCAGCCGUCUGAUGAACCUCGUUGUACUCAUCCUGGCUGUCCGUUUUGGUCUCUUUCUGUACAAUGGCUGGCGUGUGCGGACUAGAUUUCGAAAGCUUCAAAGUGAAGGCAUAGCUAUCACUCCCGAGCACUCGCUCGUUUUAGGACACCUCAUGCUUCUCAAACGCGUCCGCGAGCUGUAUCCCAAAGACUCCGCGAGCACCUAUGCAACCCGGCAUAUAGUCAUGAACUGGCAGGAAUACUUCCCCAAGUUGACUAGUUGUCCACCCGUCAUCUACUUGGAUUUCUGGCCGUUCAGCAGCGACCCGGUCGCAAUCAUAAUAGAUCCUGUAAUGUGCCAGAAUGUCACUGCAGACCGAUUCCCCAUCCGUCACGAACAGGGAAAGUAUUUGGCAUGGACUAUGUCUGGUCCUCGAAACCUCUUCGCUUUCGAUGGAGAUGACCACAAACGUUGGCGCGCCAGACUGAACCCAGGUUUCAGUGCCCGGAACCUUCAGUCCCAUGUCGCCGGAGGUCAAAUUAUCGACGAAGUAUUGAUCUUUGUGGACCGCUUGAAGAAAAACGCCGGCGAAGAUGGGAAACUGGGCGAGGUGUUCCAGCUGUUGCCACUGGCAAUUGAUCUGACAUUUGACAUUAUCAGUAGGAUCGUUUUAGAUUUCAGCCCAGGGGAGCAGGUAAAUGGGCCGACAGAGAUGCAGAAGGCCUUUCGCAUAAUAAGCCAACAUCUCGUAUUCAAGAGCUGGGCAAGUCUUCACAAGCGUCUUAACCCCCUCUGGCAGCUCUCCCUCUGGAAGUCCCACCGUACAUUGCGACGCGUGGUGCUGCCACAUAUACAGAAGCACAUGAGAGUGCAUACCCUCGUGAAGGACUCGGCGUCACAGAGGACAGUCCUUGACCUCGCCCUCAAAGAGGUUGAGCUGGAAAGCCCAGGAGCUGAGCCCAGCGGACAGUUUAUCGAGGAUGUAGUAGGGCUAACCAAGCAAUUCCUGUUUGCGGGCCACGACACGACAGCCAUCAAUAUAUGCUUUGCUUAUCACUUCCUCCACAAAAAGCCUGAUGCACUUGCUCGGCUCAGGGAUGAGCAUGACGGCGUCUUUGGAACCGAUCCAACCCAGGCAGGUGACAUUCUACGGCACUCCCCACACCUCCUCAACUCCCUGCCCUUCACUACCGCAGUGAUUAAGGAAACCCUGCGCCUUUGCCCCGUGGCAGCGAGCAUUCGAAAAGGGCACCCAGGCUACACCGUGCGGAGCAACGACGGCGUGGAAUAUCCCAUGGAUGGCUUUAUUGUCACUACCGGAGUUGCCUGCAUGCAAUACAGCUCAGAAAUGUUUGCUAGAGCGACAGAGUUUCUCCCUGAGCGGUGGGAGGCACCUGCAGGGGAUCCACUGCAUAUCAAGGACGAAGCCAAAUAUGCCUGGCGUCCCUUUGAGUGGGGCCCCAUGAGCUGCAUAGGCAUGGAACUCGCGAUGGUGGAGCUCAAGAUGACUCUGGUACUUUCCAUUAGGGAGGUGGAGGUGAUUACUGCCUUGGAGGAUUGGGAUCAACAGCAUGGAAGAGACAGUGGGAUGAGGCCGGCACUGUUCGGCGACAAGAUCUUCCAGGGUGCCGUUGGUCUGGGACCCCCGACCGAGUCCUUACCAGUACGCACCAGAAUUUUGAGCCAAGAAUGA